UUUCCACUCGUUUCGGCUGAUUUUUGGACGAGCGAUCAUCUCUCGGAACGGUCUCGAAGCGCGGAUGCUUUUUUCGGAACGCGCGCGCGCGAAACACUCACGUUGAAGCGACGUUGAAUCACCCUUUUGCUGCCCAGGUGCCCGGCGACGUCGCGGAGCUCCGGACGCCCAAGAGCGACGGCGCGCACCUCUACGGGUGCUAUUUGUGGCGCAUGAGCCGCUUCUACACGGCCGUGCGGUCGAGCUCGCGCGCGUGGCAGCUCCGGUGGUGGGAGCUCGACCUCGCCGAGGGCGCCGCGGCGCCCCUCAAGAGCCGGCGCGACGCGUCGGAGGCGCUGAGCGACUCCGAGAGCGGGCUCCGCGUCUUCAACCUGGAGCUGGCGACGGCCUGCGUCGUCGUCGACGAGAAGCGGCUCCGGUUCCGCGUCGAGCGGCCCGACCACCCGUUCGGCGAUCUGGAAUACCUCGCGCCGUCGAGCCGCAUCAUGAAGGACUGCGUCUUCAAGAUCUCGCUGCUCAUCGAGGCGGCCAAGGCCAACGCCAUGAAGGGCGGCCUCGAGCGGGCGUCGGAGCACCCGCUGCCGGGCGCGGAGGAGCAGCGCGCGACGCUGGUCGAGGAGGCGCUCGAGAAGGAGGACGACGAGGACGUCGAGGACCUCACGGCCUGGCCCCACGCGCCGGCGGCCGACGCGUCUUUAUACGCCAAGGGGUCCUACGGCGUCGCGGUGGUCGCCCACGUCGGCCUCCUGCCGCUCAAGGCCGCGUUCAAGCACUCGAUCCCGGACGUCCGCGAGGGCGGCUCCGUCGGCGGCGCCAUCGGGUCGUCCAUCUUCUGGCUGGCGGCGCUGUCCUACGUCAUGGUCUUCUGCUGCGAGCACCUCGGCGAGAUCCUGAAGAUCCCGUCGGCCGUCGUCGGCCUCACGCUCGGCGCCGUCGGCACGUCGCUGCCGAAUCUCGUCGCGUCCAUGGUCGUCGCGAAGCAGGGCUUCGGCGCCAUGGCCGUGUCCAACGCCCUGGGGUCCAACGUCUUCAACAUCGUCAUCGCCCUCGGCGUGCCCUGGACGCUCUACCCGCUCAUCUACGGCAAGCCCUACGCGACUAUGGCGGACACGGGCGUCAUGGUCCAGAUCCUCUUCCUCUUCGCCGUUCUGGUCGUCUACUGCGGCGUCCUCGCGGCGAACAACCUCCAGCUCCCGCAGCCGGCGCAGUACGUGCUCGUGGCGACGUGGAUCGGCGGCCUCGUCUUCGCGAUCGCGCACCAGGGCUGGAUCGACCAGCUCGAGGCCUGGAUCCUCCCGACGAUCCUCGCCUGCUUCGGCCGGGAGUACCCCUAGGCCCGGCCCGCCGCGCGCCCGCUCCCGCCUUCUCCCCUCUCGCGCGCGCCCGCAAUUUUAUCUUCCCGUCGUCGG